AUGCCUUGUUCAUCAAAGUGACAUCUUUGCAGACAGACCCUCUCUUCCCUUGUUUAAGAAGCUGACAAACAUGGGAGGUAACUUAUUGAACGUGUCUCUGAAAACAGGAAGCCUCAGUCACCUCGACAUUUUGUAGAUGCAUAUUUAGAUGAGAUGGAUUGCAGCAAAAAUGAUCCAGAGUCUACAUUCUCAAGAGAAAACUUAAUUUUCUCCGUUGGAGAACUCAUCAUAGCUGGGACAGAAACCACAACAAAUGUUUUAAGAUGGGCAGUGUUAUUUAUGGCUCUUUAUCCAAACAUUCAAGGUCAAGUUCAAAAAGAAAUCGAUUUAGUUAUUGGCCCUAACAAAAUGCCCACCUUAGAAGAGAAAUGUAAGAUGCCAUACACUGAGGCUGUGCUGCAUGAAGUUCUAAGAUUCUGCAAUAUAGUUCCACUAGGCAUUUUUCAUGCGACUUCCAAAGAUACUGUGGUGCGUGGUUACUCUAUUCCUGAAGGCACUACAGUCAUUACAAACCUCUACUCUGUUCACUUUGAUGAAAAAUACUGGAGCAAUCCAGAAGUGUUUUCUCCGGAGAGAUUUCUGGACAGCAGUGGACAGUUUGUCAAGAAAGAUGCAUUUGUUCCUUUUUCACUAGGAAGAAGACAUUGUCUCGGAGAGCAGCUAGCUCGAAUGGAAAUGUUUCUGUUUUUCACUUCAUUACUGCAACGAUUUCACCUGUGUUUUCCUCAUGGUGUGAUUCCAGAUCUCAAACCAAGAUUAGGCAUGACAUUACAACCACAGCCAUACCUCAUCUGUGCCAAAAGACGGUGA